UAAGAAUGCUUGUUUGUGCAGGUUGGUGGUGCCUGUAUCUCACUCACUCACUCACUCUCUCAUCCAAACCUAAAAUUAGCACCGCACAUCGCUCUCCGUUUCAUUCAUAUCCAUCUCUUUCCCUCCGAACUCCUCUGAAUCACUUAGCUACUGAGAUAUGUCUGGGGAACAAUUUGAUGGACAAGAUGCAGGCUAUGUGCCUGAGAAUCCUGAUGAUUUUCCGCAAAACAAUUCCGAUGAAAUUGAAGGAGGGAAUGUGAUUGAUGACGACUCUGGGUUUCCUCAACUACAGCCUGAUGAUGUGCAGGAGGAUGUGGAUGUGGGAGUGGGAGAUUUGGCUGAGGAUGCCAAUCCUCCUGAAGGUGAAUUUGAUGGUGGUCAUGAUGUUGUUGAAGAUUUGCCUGGAAACGAUGUUGAUGAUUCUCUUCCGCCGGAGCUUACUGAGGAACAAGAACAACAUGAUGGAGUCAUUACUGAGGAACAAGAACAACAUGAUGGAGGAGGCGUGACUGAGGAGAAUUUUGGCUCCCCAGAAAAACAGGUACCCGGGGAAGAUUUGAAAGGGAGUGAAAUAAAGAAGUGGCCGGGGUGGCCUGGAGAGAAUGUUUUCAGGAUGUUGGUUCCUGCGCAAAAGGUUGGCAGUAUUAUUGGCCGUAAGGGCGAGUUUAUUAAGAAAAUUACUGAAGAGACUAAGGCUCGUAUUAAGAUUCUCGAUGGUCCACCUGGAACUGCAGAAAGAGCAGUAAUGGUUUCUGCAAAAGAAGAACCAGAGCGCAGCAUACCACCUGCUGUGGAGGGCUUGUUAAGGGUUCAUAAACACGUUGUCAAUGUGGACCAACCUGCUGAUAGUGCAUCAGGUGCAGGACGCCAAAUAAUUACAAGACUUCUAGUCGCAGAUACUCAAGCAGGAAGUUUGAUUGGGAAGCAGGGUUCGACUAUAAAAUCCUAUCAAGAUGCCACAGGUUGCAAUUUACGUGUUCUUGGUUCAGAUCACCUGCCAGUUUUUGCUCUGCGAGAUGAUAGUGUUGUUGAAAUACAAGGAGAAUCUGCUGGGGUUCACAAGGCAGUUGAACUUGUUGCUCUUCAUCUUAGGAAGUUCUUGGUUGACCGCAGCAUAGUUGGAGUAUUUGAAACACAGAUGCAAAGACCAGAUGUUCGAGUUAACCCGAAUGUGCCACCACACCAACCUUGGGGUCCUCCUCCUCCUCAAGGGUUUCCAGGUCCUGGAAGUGGUGGUGGACCUGCUUUUCCACCUAAUCCUCAAUAUAUGCCGCCACCUUCACAUAACUAUGAUAAUUACUACCCACCUGCUGACCUGCCUCCCAUGGACAAGCACCUUCAUCAGGGUCCACCACCUGCCUAUGCAAGGGAUGCUCCUAUGGGAAUUCAUCCAUCCAGUGCACCUCCGCAACAAUCUGGUGUGACUAAGGUCACACAUCAUAUGCAAAUUCCCCUGUCAUACGCAGAUGCUGUUAUUGGAGCAUCAGGAGCAAAUAUUAGCUACAUUCGACGUGCUAGUGGAGCAAGUAUUACAAUUCAAGAAACCAGGGGUGUGCCAGGGGAGAUGACCGUAGAGAUAAGUGGUACUGCUUCUCAAAUUCAAGCAGCCCAACAGCUGGUCCAGAAUUUCAUGGCUGAAGCAGCAUCUGCGCAACAGGAUCAAAUGAGUGGACAAAUUAAUCAAGGUUAUAAUUCCUAUCCUACUAAUGCCCCUGUAUAUGCAUCUCCGCCACAAAGCGCUGGUGGUCAUGCAGGCCAUGCGCCUCCUGCAGAUUAUGGUCCUGUAUAUGGCACCAAUUAUGGUUAUUGAACAGAUUAGAUUCAAUUUUUGUUGAGGAGCCUUAUGUUCUGUAAACAUUCCGUUCAAUUCUAGUUUCCUGGUUCUAGUUCUUGUGGGUAUUGUAAGCAGGCCGCCUGGACGUGGCUUAUACCCCUUAUAUUUUAGCUGUAUUACAUUUGGUGUAUUGACUGGAUAGGAUUUAGAGGAUAUGAUUUUGAUAGUUUUUAUUUUUCUAAAUUCUUUUA